ACUUUGAACUCUUGGUAUGGUUUCGUUGCAUCAUAUCCAUCCUCGAUUCUCGACCGCGGCAUCGUCGGAUUACAAUCGUCGCCGGAAAAGCUUCCACGAUGUGCUUCUGAGCAUGAGAUUUGGAUUAACGCGAGAUCUCUCUCUGAAACGGUCCUUGGCCAUUUACUAUUCCUUAUCUCGACAACAACGACACCUCAAGUCGCCCAUCACCAUGGCCACCAAGAGCGAGAAGACUUCCACGGAGGAGAAGGAUAAGAAGGAGGAGGUUUCACUCCCUCCGCCUCCGCCGCCGGAGAAACCAGAGCCUGGCGACUGCUGCGGUAGCGGAUGCGUGCGAUGCGUUUGGGAUGUGUAUUACGAAGAGCUCCAAGAAUACAACAAGCUUUCUACAUCCCUUCCUGGACAAACUAAAUCCAAUUGAAUGCUAAAUUUUUGUGUGCAAAUGUACUCGUCUUCGAGUUUGAUAAGUCGAAGAUGAUGUUAUGUUUGAACAUUAUUGGAUCAUUAUCGUUACUACUUAUCUACAAAGUUUACUAAUGACUUGUCAAGUUUUUUUAACAAGUAAACGCUAUGAAUGAAUCAUUAAUAUGAUUUCAAAUGUA